AUGAUCAGACCGCCACCGGCAACUUCAAAGACUAAAGAUGGGGCUGGGGAUUUUCCCAUGUUACUUAAACAGAAUUCAGUUAUUAAACUUCGAGCCUUGACCAGUAAGAAAUUGCCUUGGCUUAAAUUUCCUUUCACAGCCUAUUCCCUUUUGGAUAUUCCCGCCCUUCAGGAAGAACCUAGACUGGAGUGUUUCCACGGGCAGGAACACUCAAGUGGCACCCAACAUGGCCUGGGGCCUGAAGACAGCGGAAAAAUCCAAAUGCUGCCAGUGGAGCUCCACAUGCACGAUGACAAUUUGAGUGAUGAAGUGCUAACCUGGCACCCUCAUCUCUCACGGUGGCAGCGUACAAUGGGGAUAGGAACUUCUAGGCAGGUUUAUGUCCGAAGUCUUCAAGAUCUGCUUCAGGUGAAAGGAAUUGGGUUUGAAGAACAUGAGUUACAAAAUUUUGUAGAACAAAUAGAUUCUUACUGCCCAUGGUUCAGAGAGGAAAAAACUUUAAACAAGAGAACCUGGGAAAGAAUUGGAAAAGCUCUGAGGGAUGCCCAGGCAGAGAAGUUCACACUCUGCCUCUGGGCACUAGUGAAAGAUUCCAUUGAUGAAGAGAUUCUGCUGGCCUUCCAUAGUACUGAGGCUGAGCUUAAAGAAUGUCAGGGAAACUCUAAAUUAGGGAGAUAUGGAGAUUCCGAUGAUGAGCUAACACCUCAAGAAGGGGAUCCUUUACAAAAAGGAGCCACCAGAUAUUCUGACGAGGAUUGGUCUUUGUACAAAUCCGAAUCCUCUGUCCCACCUAUGACCUCCGCUAAAGCAGGGGCUGCUCAAUUGGAUUUACAACUAUGCAAGUUAGAGUUCGAAAUUAAUUUGCAAAAACUGACGAAGGAGCUUCAAGAGCUGAAAGCCGCGUCAUUUGCAGGAAAAAAUAUUUACCCUGAAAUUCAUCAACCACAGCUAGAGGAAGCCGUAUGUAGAACUCGUGGGGAAGGACAUGAUUCUUCUAACGUGCUGGCUUUCCCCGCAGCGAAAAUGUUCAACCAGCAAAAUAAUAGGGUCGGUCAAUACCAGACCUUGGAGUUCAAGGUGAUAAAGGAAUUAAAAGCAGCUGUGGCACAGUAUGGCCCCACAGCCCCCUUCACGCAAGCCUUAUUAGAUAUGCUUGUGGAGUCACAUUUGAGCCCCCAAGAUUGGAAGACGUUGUGUAGGGCUACCUUGUCAGGAGAAGAUUUUUUACUCUGGAGUGCUGAGUGGCAAUAGGCUUGUAAAAGAACCGCUAGUUUAAAUGUGCAGGCUGGUAACCCAAAUUGGGAUAUUAACAUGCUAUUGGGAGAAGGUAAAUAUGAAGGCAAUCUAAAUCANAUCGGAUUUCCUGUGGGAGUUUAUGCACAGGUUGCUAGGGCUGCUCACCGUGCGUGGAAUUUAUUACCUACUACAGGGGAUUUCAAUGGAGGUUUAUCCGGCAUUCGGCAGGGCCCUGAUGAGCUUUACCAGGAGUUCGUGGAUAGGUUACUUAGAGCAGCUAGCAAAAUUGCUGGAGAUUCUCAAACAGGAAUCCCUUUUGUUACACAACUGGCUUAUGAAAAUGCUAAUGCAGCAUGCCGUGCCGCUAUUCGGCCGUACAAAGGACAGAUGGAUUUGGCGGGGUACAUUCGUCUCUGUGCAGAGAUCGGUCCAUCCUGUGGUCAGAGUCUAGCAUUGGCGGCUACUUUACAAGGGAGCACCGCGUGGAAAAUGCCAUCACAUAGACGAGGGGACAAUGCAUGUUUUAAGUGUGGGAAUGUUGGUCAUUUUCAAGGCAACUCUCCAAAAAAUAAAAUUGCUGAGGGCGGAAAAAUAAACCGUGCCCCAGGAAUUUGCCCUCGCUGCAAGAAGGGUAACCACUGGGCUAGGGAAUGUAAGUCUAAGACAGACCGGCAGGGUCAGCCAUUGCCAGGAAGCCAGAGGAGGGGCUCACUCCAGGCCCUGGGUUAUGAACGGCAUGCGGUUUAUGGGGCCUCGAAACUGCUGCCCAGCCAAGGAAAUCCAUUUUUGAACUCCUCAGGGCAAUCCCAAAAAGUGCUGGAUUGGAGCUCUNUUCCACCACCCACACAGUAUUAA